AAAUAGACGAAAGCGCCAUUUUUGACGUCACGAACAUGGCGCCGUGCUAGUCGUCUGUCACCAAUAAACAAAAUUCGUAUUUGCGGUUAAUUUAGAUGUAUUCAACGUUAACAAAGUAUUAUUAUUAGUAUAAGAAAUAAAAUUUGAAGAAUUUUCAAUUUUGAAGUUCUUGAAGAAAAAAAUAUUUUAUCAUGCAGCCUCCUCCAAAAUCCACAAAUGAAAAUCCAUUAGAAAUAUCUUGGCAUGAUAGUGCUUUAGUACCUUACUUGAAUCCAAAUAAUGUUCUUGAUUAUUUCUCUGAAAGAAGUAAUCCAUUUUAUGAUCGAACUUGUAACAAUGAAGUUGUAAAAAUGCAGAGGCUCAGUCCUGAACAACUUAAUAAUAUGACUGGAUUGGAGUAUAUUUUAUUACAUGUACAACAGCCAAUAUUAUAUGUUAUUAGAAAACAACAUAGGCAUUCUCCAACUCAAUGUACACCUUUAGCAGAUUAUUACAUUUUAGCUGGAGUAAUAUAUCAGGCACCUGAUCUAAAUUCAGUAAUUAAUUCCAGAAUGCUGACAACAGUCCAUCACUUACAAUCUGCUUUUGAAGAAGCUAUUAGUUAUUCAAAAUAUCAGCCCUCCAAAGGUUAUUGGUGGGAAUUUAAAGAUCAUGAUUCUUCAGGUAAU